GAGAUGGAGUCUUGCUCUGUCACCCAGGCUGGAGUGCAGUGGCUCAAUCUCGGCUCACUGCAAGCUCCGCCUCCCAGGUUCAAGCCAUUUUCCUGCCUCAGCCUCCUGAGUAGCUGGGACUACCUGCCAAUGCAGCUGAUUUUACUUUCACAUUGGAUUUGGCUCAGGCCCCAAGCCUUUUACAGUAUGCUGGCAAACACGGAUGCAGCCACGCUGUUUUUAGUAGAGACAGGGUUUCACCAUGUUGGCCAGGGUGGUCUUAAACUCCUGAGCUCAGGAGAUCCACCGACCUCAGCCUCGCAAAGUGCUGGGAUUACAGGUGUGAGCCACUGCGCC